GUAUUGAUUUUUCAUAAAAGUUGUUUGUUGAAUCAUACCCAUCGUCCAUUGCUGGUGACGAAUUUGAGCAAGAAGCAGCAGCCGCGACCACUUUCCCACUCACUGCAGGAUUUUCAGUCUCAACGAAGGAUAUUUUUCCGAUUUUAUUGAACGUUUUCUUUUUGUGUUGAAAGUUGGGUAAAUUUUGUGGUGCAACUCGAUUUGAAAAUGUGAACGGAAUAGUUUUGUGUUUCGUUUCCUAUGAAAGGUGAAAAUUCGUGACUCAGUUUACUGCUGCUGGGAGUUGUUUUCAGGCGAUUUGCCAGUUACUGGAGGUUGGCAAACAGUCAAUCGAUUUUGCAGUUAGUGAUAAAAGCAACAUUGUGGGAAUUGAAAUCAAUCCCAACGUUAGCCAAGCAGUGAUUUAAUUAUUUACUUUAGCAUCAACGAAUAAGGCUUCGCGUGGACAUCAGGGAAAACCGAAAAAAAUCUUUCGUCACUUUUGGUUCCUAGCGAAAGGAUUUCAGGGAUCCACUCCAUACGGCGGAUAGGGGUCAGCUGGGAUGGCACUGGAUUUUGCAGCAACCUAUAAAGUGCUGGUUCUGGGCGAUUCCAAUGUCGGAAAGACGUGCAUUGUUCAUCGAUAUUGUGAUGAACGAUAUUAUGACACAUACAUUUCAACCAUCGGUAUCGACUUCAAGCAAAAACUAAUAAACUUGGACGGCGUACCAAUUAAGCUGCAAAUCUGGGACACCGCCGGACAGGAGCGGUUUCGGACGUUGACCACUGCCUACUACCGUGGUGCCAUGGGUAUCCUGCUAAUGUACGACGUUACUAGUCUAGAGUCAUUCAACAAUUUGUCCUACUGGCUACGAAACAUUCAGGAGAACGCAUCGCCGGACGUCGUAAAGGUGCUGGCGGGCAAUAAGUGCGAAUGCAACCCACCCCAACGAGCUGUGGAUAAAGAGCGGGGAGAGAAGAUUGCCGAAAACUUUGAUAUGCCAUUCUUCGAGGUGUCUUGCAAGCAGAACAUUAACAUUGAGGAAUCAUUUCUUACUUUGGCCCGGAAAAUUCGUGAGCAGCGAGAGCAUCGAGGUGAAAACUUCGAUGACGGUGAUCGCCAGAAAGGUUUACAGGAUAUGAUUAAAAACGGCCCCGGCUCGAACGGUCUUGGACCGUUCACGUUAGGUAGCGGAGGCGAGGGUGGUAGGUGUUCUUGUUAGAGAGUUGAAUGCAUCGACAGUCACAGAUAAAGAUCACCAAGAAAAGACUCAAGACUUGAAAAAAAAAAAACAAA